GUCAACGAUCACGUGACAUCAAGCAGAACAGCAAAGGCGAUGUUUCAAAAUGGAGGACGUCAACAUUUGAUACGAGUGUCCAUAUGUGAAUUAGAACAACAUCAUGGCUUCCCAAGAUGAUGAAGUGUGGCGGGAAUCUGUAGCCCUAAGCGUCAGCCGACUUCAGGACAAAUCAGAAACACGACGGCGGCAGAAUAGCCGCCAGAAAGCACGCUGUGGAUACAGUUCCGUGGCGAUGACGGCGAUCGGAAUAAGCUUGAUCCUCCUAGGGGUUCUGGAUGUUGUCUUUGGUACUCUUUGCGCCUCUGCUGGGGUUAGGUACGGGGCCACAGGGGACACACUGAUAAGGCCUUGGCGAGCUUUACCGCUUGGUUGCAUUGCUGUAGCAUGCGGAGCACUCGGGAUUCAUCUGACAAGAAGACUCCAGUGGAAGCCGCGAAGACAAGCGAUCGUGACAAUGUUGCUGUCCACCGUUUGCAGUGCUUGGGCAGCAGUGGUGGUUUUCUCUUUCAGUUUCGAUGUGGCGGAACAAUCUACCGCAUACCAAGCCCUAAAAAAGGAAAUGAGAGAAGCCCUUGCCUCUCAAAAUGUACUCUUCGGUUUCAGAAAGGAUAAGAUUAACUUGGCAAACAGGGAUCUGGCGUACUUCUCGGGGGCAGUUUCCUUUGCAACUUUGAGUGCGAUCAUAGCAGCCGCGCAGGCUGUCAUGGCAGGUUUUUACAUCAACGACCCUGGCGAAGGUAGGAAAUCAGAGAGAGAGCGGAUACCUCGUCGUUCAGGGCCAGCAAGUAACAUUAUCAGUUCCAAGAAAGUGUUUGUAAGUUACAAGAACAAGGCGGCCUUGGCAGCGGCUAUCAUUCAGAUCGUGUGUGGCUGUUCCGUUGUUUUAGGACUUGGCCUUGCCCUCGCAACCGAGCACAACCCUGCGUGGGCAUCCUACGUUAUCAGUCAUGGAAUAAUAUUCAUAACAUCCGGGAUAGUGAGCGCCAUUUCUAGCACGAAGAAAACGAGGCUUUUCGUGACUGCGUCAAUGAUAAUGUCACUCUGCGCAUGUGUGGCCGCCGUGAACAUGGUCUGUUCAGACGUUGCUUUCAUUAUCAACUCGAACAGCCAUCCAACAUCGGGCAGAAGUAAGAUAGACAAGUUAUCUCUAACCACCAAACUCUUUGCGAUCCAUGGGAUAGAUUUAUUUGUCAAUCUGAUCGAACUCGUAACUGCUGCAGUUCUCGCGGGACUUGGCUGUCACGUGACCUGUGAAGUAGCUGGGAAAGCAGACGAUUCCCGAUGCUUGGUGAGUUACGUCGAAGUUGGCCAGACGGAGAGAUCAGGAGGAACUGAAUACAAUAGGCCUACGACUGACAACACCGAGGGAGGGUACGUUCUUCAGCUUCCUGAUAUUCUGCACGACAGUAUGAUCAUGGACGAUGAUAGCUUUGGCCAGGAGCGUCCGCAAUACAUGACAGAAGCGCUAGCAAGCAAUGCAUAAAUUAUCGUUACAAAGUCGACUGCCAAACCCGGUGUGGGAUGACAAUGAUUGGAACUCAGUCCCUUGGAGAUGACAUCUAGGGAUCAGUAUAGUUUUGGUCACAACUGCGUGGCGAAUAUCAACUAUGUGCGCUUUCAGAACCUGUGUAACAUUUUUGGUUGAUCCCCAAAUUUCAGUGUUGCCAUUACAAAAUGGGCAGCUACAGAAACGAGGACUUUUCAAUAGGGGGCACUGCUUCCAUUCCAACAUUUGUCUCUGUCCGAUUACGGAAAGCAGAGGAACGUUCUCUCAUUGUAUACAUGUAGCCGAGUACACGUUAUGAGUAUCAAUGCUCGUCUUGACCAACACUAAUGAAAUAAUACUUAGAUCUACCAAUACUGUACUGGGUCUUCCCAAGGAAACGCAUUUAUGAGUACACUUUCGAUGUUGGUAGAAAUCACUAGAAUACUAUCUUGACAAUAAGAAUUCGACUUGCAAUGAUUAAACAUUUCUUCAGUCGUAUUUUUUGUUCCACUUCAGUCCGAAAAGGAAAACUUUGACCCUCGCUGUUUCAAAGGUGUCAUUUGACUUCAGUAAUUCUUGCAAUCACGUCCUAUUCCCAUCUUGACCCUCAAGCCUUGGAUCCACUCCGCCGACCCGGACUCCGUUACACCAAUGCAUGAGGGGAGGUAACGGACCGUUAACUCUGAUGGUUCAGAAAUGCCUAUUCCAAGCAAUAUGUACUCGUUUGAUGAGAACCUAUUGUGGAAGCCCAUCUUACGCCGGUGUGGCGGGGAUAGUAGUCCUAGGGCUGAUAGUCCGUGUAACAAUAGCCCGCAUUGCUAAAUGUUUUGAUUAGGGUUAGCGGUACAAUAGAUCAUGCUGCUUAAUUGGUCAAAUACAAUGCUACCGGACUAUGACUCCAGGGGGACUAUAUCCGCUGUCACACCGGUGUACAGGAAAUACGAUGACUUACACUUGCACUUGAUCAAAAGUGAAUUUCUACCCUCUAACACAAACUCAUUUGA